AUAACAUCGAUACUGUGUCGGUGUAAAAACAUCGUUGCAGGGAACGCCAUUGAAUAUUUUUCGACUUGAGUGUUUUAAAAAAGAGUUUUUUCGCUGAAAAUUAAAAAGAAUUUUGGCUACUUGUCACUGGUUACAAUCGCCAGUUAAAGUGUUAUUGAAAAAUGGCGCGUGCCCGGUCUCCCACCGCCGAGGGCGAAAAGGAAAAUAAAGAGAAGGAAGUGAAAGAGAAGGAUGCGAAAGCUACGACUACAUCUAAUUCAUCAUCGCGCAGAGAGCGGGAACGAAAGCGACGAGGCUCCGCCUCUUCUAGCAGUGACUCUAGCCGAAGUUCCUCGGGUAGCUCAUCAUCGCGCAGCAGCUCUGGCUCAGACUCCCGAUCCAGCUCCAGCAGCUCUAGCGACUCCUCCAGUUCCUCGUCCUCAUCGUCAACCGACACCGAUCGCAGCGAAAAGAACCGGCGACGUGGAGGUGGUGGUGGUGCUGCUGGCAAAGAUAAUUCGCGUUCGCCACGCAAAACAACCAAAUCGCCGCGAGCCAACAGCAAGGCACGUAAGGAAACUGAUCGCGACCGCACAGAGCGGGAACGUGACCGGGUGCAACGCAGUCGUAGCCGUUCAAGAGAUCGUGUUCGUCCGCGCUCCUCCAAUGAUCGCAGUGGUGGUGCUGGCGGCGGGGGCGAAGUGAAUAACGUGAAACGCGAACGCUCCCGUUCCGGUAGCCGUUCUCGUUCACCACGUCGACGUGGUGGCGGCGGCGGUCGCGGCACAGUUGAGCGUACGCCGCCGCCCAAGCGUCGGGAGCGCUCACGUUCCCGCUCGCGCAGUCGCAGCCGCUCCAGGUCGCCCACUCCGAAGCCAGUGCGCAUUCACGUGGGUCGCUUGACCCGCAACGUUAACAAAGACCAUGUGCUCGAGAUCUUUAGUAGUUUUGGCACUGUGAAGAACGUAGAGUUCCCUACGGAUCGUUAUCAUCCGAAUUUCGGUCGCGGAAUGGCGUAUGUGGAAUACGCCACCUCCGAGGACUGUGAGUCAGCCAUGAAGCACAUGGAUGGUGGACAAAUCGAUGGCCAGGAAAUCACAGUAUCGCCGGUAAUUGUCGCCAAACAGCGACCGCCAAUGCGGCGACCAUCACCUCAAAUGCGACGUCCACAAGGCGGACGCUGGCGAUCUCCGCCACAAUUUAAUCGCUUCAAUAAUCGUGGUGGAGGAGGCGGCGGGGGCGGAAGACGCAAUUCGCCUCCACCGAGAGGACGUCGAUCACCGCGACGUCGUUCACGCUCGCCAAUUAGACGCCGUCGUCGCAGCAACAGCUCAGACAGUUCCCGUUGAAGACCUUUUAACAAUGAUUAACUUUCGCGU